UGCAUGCGGCAUAAGGCUUGAGUGAGUCCCCGACGAUGUCAAAACGCAAAGGCACGGACGAGCCUCUGCGUGAUCUUAAGCGUCGACAGCUUACCCCGGAUAACGAGCCAGAAGAAGGGGAAGUGACAGAUAGCCCUGGCCCAAGCAAAACUGUGAAUGGGUACCCAAAAAGUCCAAGCGAUUCUGAAGGUAGUGAGGAUGGUUUCAGCAAGGUGCCGUUACCCUUCAAGUCAAAAACGAAAGCGGCAUCUGGGGCAUCGGCGUCUAGGGGUGUUCCUAUAAAUCAUCCAGUUCAGCAUGAGCGUUCACCUCACAGGGACAUUCAUGCGUCACCAUCAAGAGUUGAGCGGUGGCGGCGGGACGACUAUGACCAUUAUGUGCAGCACGACCGUGCAAGGUAUCCUCUCAUCCGUGGGGGGUACGGCAGGGAAGACAACUCCUGGCGCGACCGUUCGUCGUAUGACCACUACCGUCCAGAUUUUGAACGCGACGACUUUGGGAGGGCCCCGCGCCCCUCAUAUGAUCGUUAUGUGCCCGAAGAUUCGUAUUCUAAUGGAUACCGUCGAGGAUCUUCUAGUCGUUCACCAUCAAAGUCACCAUCUCUCGCCAGUUCUCACAAUGUGCACCGCCUGCCGCGCCGUCCGUCCCCCUCGCCUCCACCAUAUCGUAGACGUCGCGACGAUUUCUAUUCUGACAGGACUCCCCGCUAUUAUGCGGCUGAUUCGUAUGAAGGGUAUGGGGGCGUCAAUAUGCCUUCUGACGCGUAUGCACGCGAACGUGAACUUUACCCGAAUUCCAGACUCAGUCCGCGGAUACCGUUGGCAUCACUUCCAAGUAGACCCGAUAUCGAAACUCUGACACAUCCAAAUGCCGCCGUCAGUAAUGGCAAAAAUUCGCGUCCUGUUAUUAAUCAUGACUCUGCCGUUGAUCCUGGUCAAAAUAGCUGGGAGCCAUCUCGCAAGGAUACUGCCCAUCCAACCCCUGCCUCUCAGAACACUAUCGUGUCUGAGUCUCAGAUUCCCCAAAUGAACCUCUCGCCCAUGUCGCAUGAGAAGCCAGCAAUCAAAAUGGAGUCAAACCUUGAGCCUCAACCCCCAGUGGAACCCCCACCCCCAAUUCCAUCUGAGCCAGAGCCUCCUUCGGAACUAAGGGCUCAGCCAUCGGCUCCUCUGACGCCCCAGCCAUCGGCUAAAUCGGGACAAUCACAGGGUGUGCGGAUGUUGAAGGCGACCGGGACAACGACCCUUCGGUCCGAAGAAGAGGAAUUUGCCGCAUAUCAGCGUAUCUUUGUAGGCGUGGAUAAACUCUCCGAUUUUGAACUUCUGAACAAACUAGGAGAGGGGACUUUUGGCGAGGUUCAUAAAGCACGGCGAAAAGGGACAGGACAGCUGGUUGCCUUAAAGCGCAUUUUGAUGAAGAAUGAGACCGAAGGUGUCCCAAUCACCGCACUUCGGGAAAUCCGGAUUCUCAAAAGGUUGAAACACCGGAAUAUCGUCUCGAUUGUAUGCAUUAUCGUUCAACGUCCACAACGAUCUGGAGGGGAAACGUCCAUUUACAUGGUGUUUCCAUAUAUGGACCAUGAUUUGGCUGGCCUGCUAGAAAAUAGUAAUGUCACUUUGAGUGUCAGUCAGAUUAAACUCUACAUGAAGCAUCUGUGUGAGGGUGUUGGAUAUCUCCAUCGGAACAAGAUUUUGCACCGAGACCUGAAAUCGGCAAACUUACUUAUUAAUAAUGAAGGUUGCCUUCAGAUUGCAGACUUCGGUCUUGCUCGUCCUGUGUCUCACAUAUCUCGCCAUUCGGGGAAGACAAAAGAGGGUUUGCAGAAGUACACUAACUCUGUUGUCACUCGCUGGUACCGAUCCCCGGAACUUCUGCUCGGUCAAAGGAAGUAUGAGGGGUGGGUGGACAUGUGGGGUGUUGGAUGCAUUUUUGCAGAAAUGUUUCAAAGAAGACCCAUCAUGCCCGGUACUAGCGACCUGGAUCAGCUCACGAAAAUCUUUGAUUUGUGUGGUUCUCCGACUGAGGAAAACUUUCCUGGGUGGAGUGCGUACGACCCAAAGGCUCCUUUCCCUCCUCACUGGGGAUACUUUCCACGGCGCAUCAAAGAUAUUCUUCCUCCUGAGGCCUCAGCAGACACGAUUGCCUUCCUUGACCGGCUUCUGACCCUCGAUCCUGUGCAGCGAAUCACAGCUUUCGAAGCUCUUGAUCAUGAUUAUUUCUGGACAGAGCCUCUGCCUGCCGAUCCCAAAUCCCUCGCUAAGUAUGAACCUUCUCAUGAAUUCAACCGUCGCCGUCAUGCGCAGCCAAAUGCCCCCCAGCACUCUGCGCUACCUGCUCCUGUGCAGGGUGCUCGCUUUUUCGGGCAACCACAAUCUUUCUUCCCAAAUGGCACUGGUCCUCAGGCAGUUGGUGGUAGUCGACCAGGUGGCGGUCAAGCGAACAAUGUGCCUCCACCGCCGCAACCCCCGCUACCGCAACCUUGGCGAGGUCCUCCUAAUCGUCCACCCUCCCAAAACUUCAUUCCUCCACCGCCACCACCGCCACUACCAGCUUCAUUACCCCCUAUUCACCUCGUACCCGGCAGGCCUCCUCCUUUGUACAUGAUGCCGCAACCUGUCCUACCAAAUGGUUUGCCUCCCCCGCCCUACGCUACAAACAGCCUACCAAGUCGACCCGCAUUCAUCCGUUCAGGAAACGACCGCUCACUGCCAGGUCGACCAGAUUGGAUACGCAACAAUACUCGCCCUCCACAAUCAAAACCGCAUGAAGAGCUCAAUUAUGGUUGAUGUUAACCCUUUCUAUCAAACUGCCUUAGC